AUGGCUUCCUCCGAUCCUAUCGUGGCCUCCUACGAUGUCUACCUCACCGACUCACAGAUCUCGCGCUAUGUGUUACAAUACGUCGACCGCCCGACAGGCCAUGCUUACGAUGAACGGAACGGGCAAAAGCCCACGGUAUUCCGGCUCAAGCCAAAGACGGGGCUUGUCGAGGUUGACGUUCCCAUCAACACCCAGGUGAACUACGAUGUGAGCAAAGGUCUCAAGUACGGAGAGGCCUUGAAGCGUAGUCGCGCCACAAACCAAGGCGGGGCGUACGGACUGGCCGGAGGCUUCAAUUCGUCUAGCGGUGCGGCGAGGGUGAAGGUCGAAGACGAGGAUGUGGACAUGGUGGAUGACGAGAAGACGGGAAAGCCCCAAGCAAAGUCGCUAUUGAAGGUGCAGACUUUGGGGGGGAUGAUAAAGAAUCCUCAAGACGGUGAUCCGCUUUACAUGCUAGGGGCCUUCCGUGGAAAGCCGGCCAGAGCCAAAAGAGACGGGGAUGAGGAGGCUGCGCCAAGAGAUGCCGAAGCACGGGUGAUUGAUGUGAAGGUCAAGUCGGCAGAAGGCGGAGAAGCCAUCGUGGCAGGCAAUAUCGAACUCUUGAAGAAAAUGCAGGAUGAGAAGUGGGAGUCCUAUGAAUGGGUGGACGCUGAGACGGAGGAAGCGUGGUUCACGUACGAGAACUACAUGAUCCAUAAUAACCCCGAGGAACUACCACAACUCCAAUCGGCGAUCGACGGCGAAGAUUAUCUUGAUGAGAUGAGCGCACCACGAGUCGAUCCGGCUCACCCGGAGCUGACGGGAUGGGCAAUGAAGCAGAAUCGGAAGAAGCAAAAGCGCGCCACAGCUGAGGCUGGAGAAGGGUGA